AUGUCCUUGUUAACAGCAAUAUAUGGAGAAAAUGAACCUACAGUGCAAAGUGGAGACCUAUUACCAUGUAAGAUUUGUGGAAGGACAUUCUUUCAAUUAGCACUGAAAAAACAUGUACCUAUUUGCCAAAAAACUUCCAGUAAGAGAAGAAAGACAUUUGAUUCCAGCAGACAGAGGGCAGAAGGAACUGAUAUUUCUACAGUAAAACCUCUUAAGCCACGGCCAGAACCCCCCAAAAAGCAAUCCAACUGGAGACGAAAGCACGAGGAAUUUAUAGCAACAAUACGAGCAGCCAAAGGCCUUAAUUUUAAGGACGGAGGAAAACUUCCUCCGCCACCCCCACCUUCAUAUGAUCCCGAUUACAUUCAAUGCCCAUAUUGCCAGAGAAGAUUUAAUGAAAAUGCAGCUGACAGACACAUCAGUUUCUGCAAGGAACAAGCAGCACGUAUUACAAAUAAAGGAAAAGUGUCUGUUGAUGCAAAAGGGAAACUGCCUACUCGAACACAGUACAAACCUGCAGCAGUUAAAAAAGCAACUUCUGUAACAUCCGCACCAUCAGUAUCAUCACGCUUACCACAACCAAGUAGUGUUAGCAAAACUAUUGCAGCUACACCUACAAGUAAAGGAUUAUCUUCACCUGGGUCCACUGGAAGCAAAAUUCAGACGUUGUCUCCUGCUCAUAAAAACUCAUUGGGUGUUACAAACUCACAAGGAAGUAAGAUGGACAAGUUAGGCCCACCACUGCGAACUGGAAGAGAUGUGCAAAGGUUGUAUGACAGUGAUACAAAAACAGACAGUACCAUCAAAAGACCAAAUGAGUUGUUGCCCAUUAACAAAAGUACAGUAAAAACUCGAACAUCAACACCUCCCAGUUUGGCGAGAAGUGCAGGCACAGCUGCUGUAGCAAACAAAAGAAAAACUUACAAUGCGGAAAAUUACUCAAGCAGGUCUGAUGGUAAACUUGGCUAUGACAGUGGAGACUGCUCAUCCUCAGUCAAUGGAGGAAGUUCAAAAAGCAGCGAGGGAAAUUCACCUGUGCAGUUAUCAAAAUUCUGCCAUGAAUGUGGAACCAGGUACCCUGUGGAUUGGGCAAAGUUUUGCUGUGAAUGUGGAAUUCGAAGAAUGGUCUUAUGAAUAUAUUAUUAAAAGCAAAAUGGAAAAGAAGACCAGAAUCUCUGUUGCUUUUUGCUGCAUUGGAAAGCUAGAGAACUUCCAGUUAGAUUUCAUGCUGCAAACAUACUUGAAACACCAUGUUGUAACUUUGCUGAUUGCAAUCCUUUUAGUUGCAUAGUAAUUUAUAUAUACAAUAUGUAUACUGCAUACAAAAACAGGUACCUAAAACUGUGCCAUUCAAGGAAAUACACUUUAAUUUUGGGUGGAAAAUAGUUGAAGCAGAAAUGUGUUAAGUCACUUGCCAGUUGAAAUGGGUUGAUUAUUUUGUUUUGUAUAACCAUAAUAGGUAAAAUAUUUUUAAGUCAUCCAUCUGAGAAGAUAAUCAUCCACAGAGAACUAGCCAUAAACAAUUGGGCUAAAAAUUCCUCUAAGAAGAAAUCAGUGUACAUUUGGGACACUGACUUAGGAGUUAUCAUGGUUAGGCUAUAUGAGAAUUACAGGGGUGCCUCCUUAUAAAUUGAAAAUACAAUAAUUAUAUGUCUUUAAAAUACUAUCCUAAUUGGCCUUCAUGAUUAUUUUCUUGGUUUACUUCAAAAAAUAGAUGUUAAAGCAAAUGAAAUAAAUAGCUGUGUGAACGUUUUUUAUUCUUUAUGUAUAUUAACUGCAUUUUGCCAUACAUCUUUCCACACUCCCUUCUUUUAACAAGAACCAGUAGAGACUUCUUUUGUUAUACAGGCAUUUUAUCAGUAUAGGACCACAAAUUUAAAAAAAGAAUGCAGUUUUUCCAAACUAACUCUUCUUUACCACAACUGCCCAAAUUACUUUAUGAAGCAACGCCCUCCUUCCCUUCUACAGGUUCUGCUACAAGGUACUGCCCUUUUUUACUUCCAUCCUUUUUCUUCUAGGGAAAGGCAAAAUCUUUACAUACUCCAAAUUUAAAUUUUUGCUAUGAGAACUUGUUAGUGGCUUCAGUGGAUGAUCACAGCUUGUGAUGGAAAAUAAAUUGUAUGUCAUUUUUUAAAAUAGCCCUCCUAAUUUAAUGUGAUCCAGAAGAAAUAUUUGUAAUUAUAUAUUGGUACUGUAUGGUUUGAUAGAAGUUGUCAUCACUUUAUUCUUAUUCCCAUGCAAGUAGGUGUAAUAUGGAGCAGUAAUGCUUCAUGUGAUAGUAUGUGAACGACAUUUGUAAAUGAUUUUGUAAUCUUGGGCUUAGUACGGCAGACGUAGUCAAUAGCAAACCUCACAUUGACUUCAAAGGGGAAGCAUGAUCAGACCUUCUUUGGCUGUUUAAAUUUUGUAAUCUAAUUUUUAAAUAACUAGUCAGAAGCUGGGUUACUUAGUCUGUGAAGUUUGUUUUGAAGGAUUUAUUGGUUUUGGUCAUCCAUGGAAAUGCAGUCUGAAAGAAGCUAGUUGUGCCUUUCCUGAAUUGUGCUGUUUUGUCAAAAAUGUUUACUCUUAACUCGCUACCACCACUAAUAUAAUAAGUGUAUGUAUGAUUUAUGUUAAGGUGGCAUUUUGUAGCUGAUUGCAUUGUAAUAUGUAAUGUAAUCUUAGGAUAGUAUCGACAGUUUUUUGAAAAUACAAAUAAUGGGGCCAACAAAAGCUUUGGUAUCUAUUUUGUGGAUACCCUUCUCUGACUUCAGUGGAUACUCACAAGUUAACUUGAGGCUGGCUUGUCACAGGCCCUAAACUAUUGUUGUUUUAGAAUUGACAAUUUCUGUGGUGCAGAAUUGCUUUGUAACUUUGCUUAGAAAUUAAGCACUCCUCAAAAUUGCCCCUUUACACAGUGUGAUGUUAUCUUAUUUUAAAUCCAUGAAAUUGCCAUUAUGCUGUCAAUACUUAGUGUGUUAAAGUGGGUAACUAGGAAAGGAAAUGUUCUAUAAUAGCUAGACUUGAUGGACCUUAGCUAAGUUUGAGCUCUAGAAACCAAGCUAGGUAGAACUUUAAUUUUAACAGUUCCAUAUUUACAUAUAGAAAUCACAGUCCUGCGUCACUUGUACAUGCAAGCCUCAGGGGAGAAGGAGAAUCUGCAGCAGGCUCAUAUUAAUGAAUCCCUGGAGCCUCCCUUCUUGGGUGAAUUUCACCCUCACUGAUUCCCUGGGAGUUCUGAUUGUUAAAAGAUGGAGGAACAAACCCUAUAUGGGUUAGUUAGUUAAAGGGACACUAAAGGUUGACACCUUCAACAUGUGACCUAUUGAGUUUUCAUGCUUGGACUUAUUGGCAAAAAUGUUACCAUUUGGGGGUUUUAAAAUAAUCAAAUUACCUCAGCUAAGCAGUCUUGAACAAACCCGCAAAACAAAUAAUAAUGUGGCCACACAAUACAAAGGAAAAAGCACAGUAAGGAAACGAGCUUCUGAAGAUGUUAUUAUAAACAGCAAAUGUGCUGAAGGACUUGUUGAAAUUAUGUAAAAUACAUAAAGUUUGUCUUUCUGAAACACAUGUCAGGUUUUCAGUCUUAUGCAUACAGUACAUGGAUUUAUGGUCUACAGCUUUUUGGAGGUUGUGAGACACAGGGCUUAGCCAUUUUUGUGAGAAAAUUACCCUUGAGUAAUACAUUAUUUAGUUUGUUUUUAUAACCACAUCACCAGAAACAGUACAUAAAAACAAAAUGUGUUUAAGCUUGAACUGAUGCAUGUUUUUAAAAGAGAUUCUAAAGUUUAAUUUGGCAUCACACCUAAGCAAAUUUAAUCUAAAUUCGCGUAAUGUGACAUUUGAUAUAUAUUGUGUAUGUGUUUGAAUCUUCAGCAAUAAAGACAUGAAAUAUGAAUUUA